AUGCCAACAGACGGGGGCGUGCGGACCGUCCGAUUUCCGUCCCUCAGGAGCGACCCGACUCGUCGUCGGACGGGUCAAACCCCGCAAAAGUACCUCCGACUUCGUUCCCGUUUGGCUUACGCUGCACACCACUCCGCAGCGUACCGCACCGGCACACGUAUAGCUUUGCUUCCACGCCUAGUCGCCUACAGCUUCAGCUUGAGGCGGCUGCUCACCGGCAGCGCAGAACGGACGACUGGACGAGAGAUGCAGCGACGUGCGGACGAUGAGGGAGGAGAGGGGCCGAGCUGUUCGAGCACUGACGGAAACACCAGCAGCGCUAAUGCGAGCACGAGCUCGAGCACCGCUGCUAGCAGCGGCGCGAGGCGGAGCGGUGGCGCGACGGAGGGGCGGGAGAGCAGCCCCAGGUCGGCGCCCACCAUCAAUCUAAGCCAGGAGUACAGGCUCGCCAUCCACACCCAGUCCUACCAAGAGAUCUGGGAUAAGAUCCACGUAGACGGGGGCGGGGACGAACAACGGGAGGAGGGCUUCGGCGGCAACGGCGAAGAGGAGGGAGGAGAGGAAGGAGAAGAGGGGGAGGACAGGGUCACCCUGGCCGGCGUGCUCCGUCCGGAGGACGCGGUGGUGGAGUGCGCUCUUUCAGACGCGCCCGGCACGGAGCUCACCCGCCUCGCCGCGGACUACUUCCGCAGCACGCACCACGCGUCGCUGCUAUGCCUCUCGCUCCGCCGGGCGCUCCGCCGCGCGCGGGCGCUGUACGGGCCCAUCACGGACCUGCUCGCGCUCAUCCCGCACUCGCCGCAGCUCGCCGCGCCGCACUGCGACUGUGCGUUCGACGCCUUCCUCCUGUUCGACCAAAUGCCCAAUCCGUUCCCGGCGCCUGCGGCCGGGUUCCAGGGCAUGCGCCGAAGCUUUGAUGGCCUCAAGAACCACCUCGACCUUCGCCUCCUCAGUGUCCGACGCAGGCGCCGUUGGCUCCGCUGCGCCAAGCGCGGGUCAGGUAUCUGCCUCAUCGCCUGUGCCACCGGCGCUGCCGUCGCAGGCCUCGUGCUUGCGACACACGCCAUUACCGCACUGCUGGCGACGGCCCCUGCUUGUAUUGCAUCCAAUUCUUCCUGCUGUCCACUGGCUGCCUCGAUGAAACGCCUGCAAAAGCACAUGGACCGGCUCGACGCCACGGCCAGGGGCACCUACGUCUUGAACAAUGAUGUGGCCACAAUUGAGCGGCUGGUGGGUAGGCUCCAUGCCACUGUGGAGAGCGACAAGAUGCUUGUCUGCCUUGGGCUGGAGCGCGGGAGGGGGCAGCACCACACCAUAGAAGAGGUGGUAUGGCAGCUCAGGAAGAACCACCCUAGCCUGCUACGACAGCUUGCUGACCUUGAGGAGCAUAUUUGCCUCUACUUUGCUGCCGUCAACCGUGCCAGGUUACUCCUUGUACACCACCUGAAUGCGCAGUAUGAUAUGCUGAAACUGAGUCUCCAAUGUCAUGACUCAUGA